AUGCAGGCAGAACGACAGUGCUUGAGUCUUACAAUGAGAUUCUGAAAGGAAGCCGGGGAGUAGAAUAUCAAGAAAAAGAGACAUAGCAGCACCUGAAGAAAACAAAGAUGGAGUUGUGGCGGCAGUGUGCAAUGUGGUUGAUUGACUGCCGCGUUCUCCCUGAGAAUCACCGGGUCACAUGGGAAGGUGCACAGGUGUGUGACCUGGCCCAAGCUCUGAGAGAUGGCGUGCUGCUGUGCCAGUUGCUUAACAACCUGCUGCCUCAGGCCGUCAACCUGAGAGAGAUCAACCUGCGCCCACAGAUGUCCCAGUUUCUGUGCCUGAAGAAUAUCCGGACAUUUCUGGGAGUUUGUCAAGAGAGGUUUCAACUCAAAAAGAGUGAACUGUUUGAGGCCUUUGACCUGUUUGAUGUACGAGACUUUGCAAAGGUGAUGGACACAUUGUCCAUCCUAUCACAUUCAUCCGUUUCAAUACAAAGAGGCCUCCAGCCUUUUCCUUUAGAAGGAUGCACUCAAGAUGAUGAGAUCUACAGCGGUCUGUCUGAUCAGAUAGAUGACACAGUGGAUGAAGAUGACGACUUGUAUGACUUUGUGGAGGAUGAGGAGAAUGAAGGGGACGAGAUCUAUGAAGACUUGAUGAGGACAGAACAACCUGAAACUCAGCAGAAGACUGGGGUAGACAAACGAGAGUGUUGCCUGCAGGAGAUCAGACAGACAGAAGAGAAAUACUCCGAUACACUGGAAUCUAUAUUACAGCACUUUAUGAAGCCUCUUGAAAGGUUUCUCCAGCCUCAUGAAAUUGAGAGUAUCUUCAUCAACAUAGAGGAGUUGGCCACGACACAUCGUGAUUUGUUGAAGGAGGUCCGGACUUCCAUCUUAAGUUAUGGAGCAAAGAACAUCCACCUGGUGUUUCUGAGCUACAAGGAGAGACUCUUACUCUAUGGUCGUUACUGCAGUCAGGUGGAAACAUCGACAAAACACCUAGACAAGCUUUCAAAUUCGAGGGAGGACAUCAGGAUGAAACUGGAGGAGUGUUCAAAGAGAGCCAAUAGUGGGCGUUUUUCUCUCAGAGAUUUACUCAUGGUCCCUAUGCAGAGAGUCCUCAAGUACCACCUGCUGUUACAGGAGCUGGUAAAACACACCACUGACCCUGCAGACAAGGAGAACCUCCGCACAGCUCUUGAUGCCAUGAGAGACCUGGCACAGUCUGUAAACGAGGUGAAGCGAGACAAUGAGAUCAUCCGACAGAUCACCACCUUCCAGUUGUCUAUAGAAAACAUGACUCAGUCUCUAGCACUAUACGGUCGCCCCAAGAUCGACGGAGAGCUGAAGAUCUGCAGUUCGGAGAAAAAGUCUAAACAGGACAGGUAUGCAUUCCUCUUCGAUAAAGCCAUGUUUGUCUGUAAGAAGAAGAGUGGAGAGACUUUUGAGCUAAAGGAGAUCAUUGAACUACAGCACUACCAGAUACGAGAUGAGACGGCAGGAGAGAAGGAUAAUAAAAAGUGGUCCUAUUUGUUCCUUCUGCUCGACUGCUAUGGGAGGUGUGGGUACGAUUUAUUCUUCAAAACCAGAGAACUGAAGAAGAAGUGGCUGGAACAGUUUGAGAUGGCUCUGUCGAACAUGUGUCCAGAGAACUCCACAGCUAACAACCACGACUUCCAGAUGCACUGCUUUGAAGAAACCACCUGCUGCAAGGCCUGCUCGAUGCUCUUAAGAGGGAUAUUUUUCCAGGGCUACCGUUGCACUCGAUGUAAAAUGGCUGCACAUAAAGAGUGUUUAGGUAGAGUUCCUGCCUGCGGACGCAACUCAGACCACUCGAGCACUGUGAGAAAGGGUAAGCCACACAGGUCCUCUGGGCAAUCCAGCGUCGGAUUUCCUAAGAUGGAGGUGUCCCAGGAGUAUUAUGGCUUGCCGCCGCCUCCUGUGGGCUUUGGCCAAGCGCUUCACCUCUCCAAAGGCGACAUCAUUGAGCUCACCCGUGCCGAGGCUGACUUGCCGUGGUGGGAGGGAAGAAACCUGACUAUUGGUCAAAUGGGAUGGUUCCCAUGCAACAGAGUCCAGCCCUACAUCUCUAGGCCGACCCCCGAUCUGUCCGGUUACAACUGGUUUGCGGGGAACAUGGACAGAACUGCUGCGAAAAACCUCCUCAUGCCACGCUCUGAUGGAACCUUCCUGGUACGGCAGAAAGAUGGAGGAGAGUUUGCAAUCAGCAUCAAGUUCAACAUGGACAUCAGACACAUAAAGAUCACCUCCACUGAAGGCCUGUACCGCAUCAAUGAUAAAAAAGCAUUCAAGGGUUUAAUUGAAAUGAUUCAGUUUUACCAGCAGAACUCUUUGAAAGAGUAUUUUAAGGAUGUGGACACCACGCUCUGUACGCCGUACAAACAACCAGAGGAAAGCAACUCAUCCAACAACACGCCGAAUACGACACCAGGGGGCAGCCUGAGGAGUUUCGGUGUAGCGAGGGCCAGAUAUGACUUCUCAGCCAGGGACCGCUCUGAGCUGUCGCUGCGGGAAGGAGACACCAUCAAGAUCCUCUCCAAAAAAGGUCACAGCGGCUGGUGGAGAGGAGAGGUGUACGGCCGGGUGGGGCUCUUUCCAGCCAACUAUGUGGAGGAGGAUUACUCUGACUACUGUUAACCUGGCUGCAGUGGAGACAUGUAGGCUAUCAUUGAAUGUGUGCAGGUAUCAUUGAGAUACCUGGUUUCCAUCUUUUGCAUUAACUCAUGUGCACGAGUGUGGUUGUGUGCGUGUGGAAGAGAAGCUAACUGUGGUCUUUCUAGUGGACUGUCUAGUGAUGUGAAUAAAACUUAUGUUCAGCUG